AUGUCGGAGGCGACUCCCGAUGCGUCCACCCAUCUUGAACCCCCCAGCAAGACCACUGAGAAAGAGGACCCAGGAGCUGAGGACACGGCUUCCAACAGCGAUGAUGAGCACUUCUCAGACGCCAGCGAAGGCCAUCUCAAUGCACAAUCAAACCUCCAAACCGGCGGCACGUCCCCUGUCCCACGAACUCGAGUAGAACGGGUCGACAGCAGCCCACAACACGGCGAAGUGCCCGGCACUGCUGCAUAUGAAAUGAGAGGGCAGGAUGCAGUCCCCGACGAGAUCGAAGUCCUCCCAGAAAGUGCUGAGGAUGCACAGACCAAGGACACUUCGUCCGCGGGGUCGCAGGACCGACCCUUGACCCCGGGCGAUUCGUCAAUUCCACGGACAGUGGUCGAAAAAGUCAAUCCAGAGUCUCCCAGCCAUGGUGAGGUUCCAGGAACAGGGGCAUAUGAGAAGCGUCAAGCAGAUGCCGUGCCUGACCUCGUCAGGACGGCCGGUGACCUUGAUGACGCUCAACCUCCUUCAUUUGUGGAUGAUGGAUCUCCAGAAACCAACAUACCAGACCAGGAGAUUCCAGAAACAAAAGUUUCCCAAAUAGAAACUAUGCCCACUGAGGAAGAGCUGCCACCACAUCCAAAAGCUCAUCAAAGCUCGCCGAGCGAUGCAAUGCCCGAUACUCUGGAAACAGUACCGGACGUUUCAACACCUGAGGAGUCCUUGUCGCAAGACACUGCGGAAGAAGACGACGAUGACCAAGAGGCUGGAGAUGAAUUUGAUGAAUUUGUCGAAGAGCAAGAUGAUAUGGGAGAUGACGAUUUUGGGGAUUUUGAUGAUGGCUUCCAAGAGCCUGGCGACGACCUUGCUGAGGAAGCUUCCAUGGGUGACAGCAUGACACCUCAGCAACCUCUUGCACCACCCUCUGUUCCUCCUCUUACCAACUUCGACGACUUCAAAUCCACCUCCGAACUUCUCACAGCCCUCCAGGACACCCUCGACAUCCUUCUUCCCGCCUCUCAAGACCUCGACUCCCUCCCACCAGUCGAGCCAAUCCCGGACUCAUCUGCAAUCUUCAGCACGGAGCGCUCGCUCUCCCUCUGGUCUCAGCUCGUCGCCCCACCCCCCCUCCAACCACAGAACUGGGUCAAGUCCCGCAUUCGCCGACUGUUCCUCGUCUCCCUCGGCGUCCCAGUCGACCUCGACGAGAUUCUCCCGGCAUCCAAGCAAAAGAAGCUCAUUCUCCCGUCAAUCGACAUCGACGGAACAACAACACCAAACCGCAAUCGUGCCCCAAAAGAAGGCGAGGGCGAGAGCGAAAACACCCAAAACACAACCACGGCAGGGCUGGCCCCUACACGCACCAAGACCACUCGCCGCGGUGCACCCCCACCCCCAGAACUGGACCUUUCAGCCGUCCGCCGCUUGUGCGCAACCACAGACGCUGCGCUCAGCGGCUUGACAGACACAGAGCUGAAAGAACAUGUCCAAGAGGUGGAACAGGUCACGCUGCGUGCCAGUGAACUGUUGGAGUACUGGCUUAAGCGGCGUGAUGGAUUGGUUAGCGAAAAGGAGGCCUUUGAAGGGGUUAUUGAGAACCUUGUCAGUCAUGUCCGUCGGGUGAGAAAGUAA